AUGCUCCAGCCCAGCCCCUCAAAAAAGUGCAGGCUCCAGCCCAACCCCUCAAAGAAGUCCAGGCUCCAGCCCAGCCCCUCAAAGGAGUGCAGUCUCCAGGCCAGCCCCUCAGAUCAGUGCAGCCUCCAAACCACAGAGCAGGAAGAUGUUGUUGUGGAGGGUUUCACUGAACAUCUGUCGGACUACCAUGUCCAAGAAAGUUGUGACCAAUGUGGUAGUCAGGAGGCCAAAACUGAUAUUAAAACUUUGUCGGACACUUUUUGUCUUAACGGAAGCCCUUUUCAGAAUUGGCCCCCUGACUAUGGUGCAAACGUGUGGGAUGCAGUUGGACUGCUUCACCACAUUGAAAAUAAUCAUCGUUUGACUAGUCUUUUAGACCAAGAUCUGUGGAUCCACCAGCAACAUCGACUGCUCAGUUACAUGCAUACAUCGAAGAGCAGCAAGGAGCUCCACCAGCAACAUCGACUGCUCAGUCACAUGCAUACAUUGAAGAGUAGCAAAGCUCCAGCAACAUCGACUGCUCAGUCACAUGCAUACAUCGAAGAGCAGCAAGGAGCUCCACGAGCAACAUCGAAUGCUCAGUCACAUGCAUACAUCGAAGAGCAGCAAGGAGCUCCACAAACUACCUUUCACACUUCAUUAAUGAGGCCUCCUGAAGUGAAUUGGGUGAGUUUUCUCCCCAAGCAGUUUUGUCGAGUGAUCAAACCAGCAGACCAGAAGUGGAUAGCUCAGUGUCUGUAUGACAGCACGGGCCGACUGAAGCAGCAGUUUUCCCAAAACUGGUUUCAUCCACCAAGUCCCAGCAGGCCUACUACUACACCACCUAAUCCAAGCAAUUACUUCAGGCAGCGAAUGUUUCUGUGGGGCCCUAUGAGGAUGUGGGUUAUUUCUCUGAAGUGUACACAGUGCAAUAGGAAGAUGCACCAUUCAGGGAUCUACACUAAAGUGAGGUAUUACCUCAAUGGAGCAGACUACCCUCGCUGCAGUAAAUGUAUGAUUCCUGUCUGCCCUUGGAGUUCGGAGAUCCUAAAACAACUGGAUCCCUCCCAAAGAAAUAAAUUCCCAGCUGUUCUGACCACUCACCUUGCCCUUGACAGGAAGUGUGUAACCUUGCUAAAGCCUAGAACUGCAGGAAACAGUUCUAGUUACUUGCAGCAUGCGCUGGAAGAAAUUCAUAGUGAGGAGUGGGCAAGACGGACUAUAGAUUACCUGACAGACUGUGAGUUCCAUAAAAAAAGUGCCCUGACCCAACUAGAAGUGGUUUAUGAGCAGCCACCACCCUAUUGCCCCCUAGCUUUAGCACAGUGGUUUGAGACCGCCCAUGCCAACAAAAUUCUGAGUCACCAUGAUGAGCUAAAGGGUGUCAUAACAUCAACAUAUGGUAGCAUCCUGAAGCUUGAUUCUACCAAAAAGAUCACUAAAAAGCUUGCUGGUGGCAUUGCGGACACCGCUACCUGGAUGACCAACGUUGGAAAUGAGUUUGGCCAAGUAAUAAACUGUGUCCUAACCACUGGUGACGGAGCUGCUCUAGACAACUUGUGUCAGGGCAUUGUGAAGGGAUACAAGGAUGCUGGGGAGCCAGAGCCAGCUGUGAUUUAUGUUAAUAGGGACUGCUGCAGCAAGACAGCAAGUAUAUUAGAGAAGAAUUACCCCGCAUCCAAGAUCCACCCGGUGUUCAGCUUUACACAAAACUGGGCUCCAGGUUACAGAAGGGAGACAAGGUUCUGGAUGUACUGAGGUGGCAGAGGGUCCUCUUCUCUGGAAAGCUUUCAUCACCAUCAGUGCACUUUUAUUCCAGGGUGGAGAUGUAAUGCUCUUCAUACUCAGAUGUACAUGCUUGAGGGUGCAUCAAGAUGGAACAUCAACCGGGCACAUCAGGCUGUGGACAUAAGUGGUGUAUCACAUACCAAAAUGUAUGACGCACGUUUAAUGUUCUACAUGAACAUACUCAGCAACAGAGUCUUUGGAUGUGCACUCCUUCCAGAAUUUACGCCCCCUGGGAAACCCACUGAUAAGCAUAUAGCUGUGGAGACCUUGCUGGCACAGUCUGACAGAGGAGACCUGCUCUCUCCACUGGAGCAUGGUGAAGUGGGCGUAACUCUGCCAGAGAUGCAGGUUUGAGGUUCAGGAGGAUUAAAUUACAUAGAAAUGUUACUUUACUAGUUUAUUAUGAUUCAUGAUUAACCUUUUUAUUAACCCCUUACAAAAUUUGUUAAC